CGGCUGGCUCCCAAGAUGGCGGCGGCGGCGGCGGUUGUGGCGGGGGUUCCCGCGGCGGCGGCGGCGGCUGACUCUGCCUCGCCGGCCCCGGCCAGCGCCCGCGAAGAGGAGCUCCCUCGCCUGGAGCCGGCCGAGGUGAGGAGCCGCCUGGAGAGGAGCGCCCGGCAGUUCCGCAACCGGCGCAAGGUGCUCGUCCGGGGGCUGCCCGCCGACGUCGCUAACCAGGAAGUUCAUGAUCUGCUGAGUGACUACGAAUUAAAGUACUGUUUUGUGGAUAAAUACAAGGGAACUGCUUUCGUCACGUUACUGAAUGGGGAACAGGCGGAAUCGGCCAUUAAGCAAUUCCAUCUGAGCAAGCUGCGAGACAAAGAGAUCACAGUGCAGUUACAACCUACAGAUGCCUUGCUCUGCAUUGCCAACCUGCCCCAGCUUUACACGCAGCAACAGUUUGAGGACCUGGUUCGGCCCUUUGGGAACCUGGAACGCUGCUUCUUGGUGUAUAGUGAGAAGACGGGGCACUCCAAAGGCUAUGGCUUUGUGGAGUACAUGAAAAAGGAUUCAGCAGCCCGAGCAAAAUCUGACCUGCUGGGCAAACAGUUGGGAACACGGACUCUGUAUGUUCACUGGACAGAUGUUAACCAGUUGACCCUGGACCUCAUUCAUUCAAAGUGCUUAUGCAUAGAUAAACUGCCACACAAUUACAAUGACAUAGAAGAACUGAGGCAGACCUUCUCUGCCAUCUGCCCUCCAACAUUCUGUCAGUUGGCAUGUGGUCAGGAUGGGCAGCUAAAGGGCUUUGCAGUCCUCGAGUACGAGUCAGCUGAGAUAGCAGAGAUGGUCCAAGAGGCCACCAAUGGCCUGCCACUUGCUGGAAACCACAUCAGAGUGUCCUUCUGUGCUCCAGGCCCUCCUGGGAGAAGCAUGCUAGCUGCUCUGAUAGCGGCACAGGCAACAGCACUUAACCGUGGAAAAGGGCUUCUUCCCGAGCCCAAUCUUCUUCAGAUUCUGAACAGCUUAGGGAAUCCUACGUCAGUCCAGCUCUUAUUCAACCCUCUCCUUCAUGGAGCCAUUGGAGGAAAGCAAGGAAUCCUAGGAGCCCCUCCAUCAGUGCACCUGCUAAGCAACCCUGCCCUGUCCACAGCGCUGCUUCAGCUAGCGCUUCAAAAUCAAACACAAGCACAACAGAAGGCAUUUCUUGGAAACUUGCUCUUAGUCCAAAACCAGGUCUGGACACAACUCCUGCAGAACAAGGAAAACCAGGCCAUAUUCCAUAAACCAGGAAUCUUGGGAGAGUCUCCACUGGGUUCCUUGCAGCAUGCUUUGGGAAUGCAAAACACACCAACUUCUCAGACAGGAAAUCAGUUACUGAGUGAGAUGUCCUCAGGUGGCUCCCUACCUUCUGAUAUGGCUCCAGGACCUGUGAAAUCUCCAAUCUUGCCUUCAGGAAACCUGCCUUUGCCAUCCUUUCUGGGACCGUUGGGAAUGGAGAGGGAGAACUCUGUGAUAGGACCCCACCUGACCCAACCUGGGCUGCAAGGCCUCACCACUUCUAUCCUGGGGUCUGUGAUCAGUGGGCUUCAGAAGCCAAAGCAGACAGAAAAUGGGCCUCCAUCAUCUGGGGUCUCUCUGCUAGGAGAGCCACCCAAAGACUUCAAGAUUCCACUCAAUCCUUACUUAAAUCUGCAAAGUCUUCUCCCUACGAACAAGCCUGGAGGUGGGGCCAACAAAGCAUUCAGCUUGAAGACUGGUGUCCUGGGCAAUGUUUCAAAUCCCAGAAUUCCACAGGCCUCCCUAUCUGAUCCUGUGUUGCCUUCUUCUGGGCUGACAGGAGACGGCUGUGCUUUUGACUACCAGCCAGACUUGGGCACGCGAAUGUAUCCACAGGCCAGAGAGACAGGGCCCCAGCUAGGUGGAUUUGCACACAACAAGCAGAAGGUGCCAUCACCUGGGUUUGAACGGAACAGCCUUGGAGCCCCUCUGCCUCCGUUCUAUUCCGGAUCCCCAAGCUCCUAUUUCACCAGCGGCCUUCAGGCUGGGCUCAGACAGAGCCACCUAAACAAAGCAGUUGGGAUGCCACCUGUGAGUGCAGCAGAUGGCAUCAUGGGACUAGGGCCAACAAGUCACUCACACAGCACCUACUCAAAGACUCCGGUUGGUGGCCAGAAACGGGCCUUUUCCCACCUGCUCCCAUCCCCAGAACCCAGCCCAGAAGGGAGCUAUGUGGGUCAGCAUUCUCAAGGCCUGGGAGGGCACUACGCAGACUCCUAUAUGAAGCGAAAGAGGAUAUUUUAAUCAGUUUCCUAUAGAAGCACUCACUUUUCUCCUUCCCCAAAUAUGUAAAUUUUUGUAAAAAUGUUUUUAAUGUUUUGCUUAGACUUGGUUUUAAGACUCUGUGCAGAGGUCUUGGCUUCUGAGCAUGGGAUCCAGUGCAAGCACAUCCUGGGCUUUGAAGAUGAACCCUUGGUGCUUUUUGCAGCAAAUGCCCCUUUUCCCUAAGUGAGGCUAUUUCGACAAUCAGGAGAAGCACCACCAAACUGCAGACAGCUCCCUACUGCCUCUCAGUCAGCUGGACCAAAAUGAAACUGGAUGCCUUUUCCCUACUUGGGCUCCUUCCUGUUCUGUGCUCUUAUUGCAGUAUAUUCCACUUGCAUGGUCCUGUUGAGCUAGGGCCUUGUCUUCUAGAGAUACGAGUGUCUUGCCUUAACACUUUUUCCAGCGAAGGAAUGUACUUGCAUUCUGUUGGUGCCUCUGGAUUGCUGCAGUGUGAUAGAGCAAACUACUAAAGAGGAAGAAGAUGGCAACAGAGAACUCUUGUGUCACAUUGGAAAACACGGUCCUGGUCAGUUGCAGCCUGUCACCUUCACUCUGCUCCUGCGGCCCCCAGGUAGAGACAUGACUCUGCCUCCCCUGCAAUCUGACUUUGCUUUUAUUUUUUUAAACAUUAAGUCUGUGUACUUAUUUUGGUUAUGAUUAAUUUGUAAAUUACCUUUUUUAAAAAAAAAAAUCCAUGCUUUUAGUUACUUCCUUUAAAAAUACAUAGUUUAGAAGUGUGUGAUCUUGGUAAACUCUAUGAACUUGAUUUAUUUGUUUUAAAUUCUCUCCCUCCUUGGGUUGUUGCUGUUUUUUCAUUGGUUUAGACCAAUUCCUUCUUGGGUGCAAAGGUUUUUUGAGUGAGUGUGGUUUUGUCUUAAUGCUGAUCCUGCAGUCUGAUAACACUUAAGCCAGGCUCCUGUGGCUGGGUCUGCCUGGGGUGACUUAGAAUUUUGCUUAGUGUUUUUCCAUCCCGGUGACAACAGGAGUCCUCCAUUUGGCUUUUUGAGAGGACCCAGCUUUGAAGCUACACCUGCACUUUUUGCAGAGCUAAGAUUUUUGAGUGGGUUCCACUGAACUGGCAUUUUCAAGCUCCAGACUCAACUUAAUGGGCUGUGAAUGAUCCUCUUCCCCUUACACUGGGCUGAGUGUGAAAAGAUGGAAAGCACAACCCUAUUCUACCAGGACAUUUUCUGAACAAGGUCCAGGUUUAGCUUGGUACAGAGAUAAAUAAAUGGCCCUAUAAGUUGCUUAAACAUCUUAGGUUCACAAUAGUUCCAUAUUACCCAUUCUCAGUGUGUGGAGUUUGUUUUGAGACAGAGAAGGGGUCUGUGGCCUUUUUCCUGGGGGAUUUGUAGUUUAGCCUAUAUACAUUUUCUGUUUUAUAAACAUGCUAUGAUGAUUCUACUGUAGAUACUGCUUGGUUAGCUGUAUAUGUCGUGGGAUUUGAAAUCCAUUGGCAGCUGGAUACCAACUUUCCAAAGUAAAGUUAUAUUUAUAUCAAA